AGGGAAGUACCUAAGCCUUAUGUGCCAACAGAGGAGGAAAGAAGACUCCUCAAAGAAUGUGCUGAAGAGAGUGCCCGGUAUAGAGCUUUUCCUUUGGCUGCAGUGAGCAUGCUUGGUACUAGUUUCUUAAUUAAGAGAGGUGUUCUAAGAGACAGCUCAAGAUUUGGCUCUUUUAUGAAAGUUGCAUUUGCUGGAAUGUGUGGAUACCUGGCUGGAAAGAUAUCCUACUUGCCAAUCUGUAGCGAGAAAUUUAAGAAACUGAAGGAUUCCCCAAUAGGAGAUGUUCUACGACAAGCUCAGAGACAUAGUUCACAUAACCGCUCCAGUCGGAAAUCUGAAUUUUCAGACACGCCUUCUCAGUCAUUUACUGAAUCUUCUUCUCCAAGAGCUGGGUUCCCACUUCCUUCUAGCUAUUCAGAUGAUUAUAGUUCAACAGAUAGAGGCCUCUCAAGUUACGAACCAGUUCCGUUCAGUGCUUCCCUGAAUGAGUCUUCACCUACAGGAAUUACAGAUUACACUGCUCAAGAUCCUGCUCCAAUUCCAGAAGAAAGUCGUAAAAAAAAAGGCAUCACAUAUGAGGAAUUAAGGAAUAAACACAGAGAGACAUAUGAGGUAAUGCUACCACCAAAGGCAGAAACUCCAAGCAAGUUUUCCCAGGAAAAACCAGCUAAAGAAGUUAAAGUAAAUAAAUAUGGAGAUACCUGGGAUGAGUAAGAGUUGAAUGAAGAACUGAAGAAAAUUCUCUCCUGUCAGCUAACUUGAACUUCAUCUAGAUUAGUCACGA